AUGGCGGAACGAGUGAAGGAGACGCUGAAUGAAACUCUCUGCUCUGUAUCUGAAUGUGUUCAGCGUCAGUAUCACUUUAUAAACGUGAUGAAGACCUGGACUGAAGCUCAGAGAUACUGCAGAGAGAGUUACACAGAUCUGGCCACCAUUGACGACAUGAACGACAUGAACGAGCUGAAGAAGAGUGUGAAUGAUGGAGGAGUUCAGUACGUCUGGAUUGGGCUGCAGAAGACGGGUGUUGAUAAAUGGCAGUGGUCUUCAGGUGAACCUGUGCUCUAUCUGAACUGGAAUCCUUCACAACCAGAAGGCAGAGAUGAUUGUGGAAUGAUGAUGGAUGGACAGUGGCAUGAUUUGCCAUGUAAUAAACACCACCAUUUCAUCUGCAACAACACGAACACAGGACUCGUCUUUGUCAAUCAGACGAUGAACUGGACAGAAGCUCGGAGUCACUGCAGACAGAAUCACAUUGAUCUGGUCAGUGUGAGGAACCAGAAUGAGGAUCAACAGGUGGCAAACAUCAUUGGUUCUCAUAGAUGGACCUGGAUCGGUCUGUCCAGAGUCAGAGACUUAUGGCGGUGGUCAGAUCAGAGUAACUCCUCAUUCAGAUACUGGAAGACUGGUCAACCCGAUUUGAAUAUGUAUGGUGAAAACUGUACAGUGGUUGAACCGAACGCUCAGGGACAAUGGUCAGACGUCUCCUGCAACCAAACAUAUCCUUUUGUGUGUUAUGAAGAUAAACUGAUCGUGAUCGAGCAGAAUCUGACGUGGUCUGAAGCUCUGAGAUACUGCAGACAGAAUCACGUGGAUCUGGUCUCGGUUCAGUCGGAGGAGAUGCAGCGUCGGGUGAUGAAUGUGGUCAGACGGGCGUCUACUGCGGCGGUGUGGUUGGGUUUGCGUCACUCCUGCACCGUGGGCCUCUGGUUCUGGGUGAGCGGACAGACCGUGUGCUAUCAGAACUGGGCGAUUGAUGAUUCAGAGAACUGUGAUUCUGCAGUGAGAUCUGGAGCAGUUCGGUCUGGAGGAGAUCAGCGCUGGAUCAGCCGUCCUGAAACCGACCGACUCAACUUCAUCUGCAGCAGAUAUUAAGAGCGAAUCCAUAGAUAUAAGAUCGUGUUCACUUUCUAUAACUUCUUUUCCAUGAAUCACUUGAUUUGGGAAGUAUAAUAUAUAAUAAUUUCGACCUCAGACAAUUGUACUCGAGGGUAGAGAAACACUACACUGUGAAGCUUCAAAAUUCAAAGACAUUUUUUUGUAUAAUAAAAAGGAAAGU